AUGAGGAAGCCUUGCUGUGAGAAGACAGAGAUAACUAAAGGAGCAUGGUCUAAGCAAGAAGAUCAGAAACUCAUUGAUUACAUCCAAAAACAUGGGGAAGGUUGUUGGAAUUCCCUUCCUAAGGCUGCAGGGUUGCGACGCUGCGGUAAAAGUUGUCGACUGAGAUGGAUAAACUAUCUGAGACCAGAUCUUAAACGCGGAAGCUUUGGAGAAGAUGAAGAGGACCUCAUCAUCAGGCUUCAUGCACUCCUCGGAAACCGGUGGUCGUUGAUAGCAGGAAGACUGCCAGGAAGGACAGACAACGAGGUGAAGAAUUACUGGAACUCCCAUAUAAGGAAAAAGCUAGUAAAGAUGGGUACUACUACUACUACUAGUACGGCUCUUGAUCCGAAAAAACCCCAUCACCGCGACAACAAGGUGCCACUACUAAUGCAGCCUGAUGCUAGAAAUCCAAUAUUAUUUGGGCCGCCUGCGAAGACGAUGGAUCAGAAGCGUGCGCCUAAGCAUGAUGAUGAGAUGGACGUCUCGGAUUCCAUGAGUAUUAACGGUGGUAAUCAACUUCAAACAGGUGUUAUAAUGAGCAACAAAAGCUUCUGUUUGCCCGACUUAAAUCUUGACCUCACUCUAAGUCUCCAGUUGGCUGUGGGAGAGAGGCACCAAUCUGAUAUCUGA